AUGGGCCCCGCCGCCAGGGGGCGCAGCGCUCCCUUCCCGGCCGUUCCACGGCGGUUCGCGGUUCCCGCUGCCCAGGAGCUGGAGGCGGGCCCGGCGCCUUGGGUGUGCACCCGGGCUGGCGCGAGGCCUGGCCGGCCGGCCGCAAAGCUAAAGCCUGGGGCGCUCGCCGCUCCUCGUGACCGCUCCUUUUCCUCUCUGUGAUAAACGUGAUUUCCCACGCAUGCUUUGCCCUUGCCUCAUCCAUGAGCUGUGCACCACCGAUUUGGAGGCCCUUGUGUGCUUGUUUACCUACGUCUCCCUAUGUAGAUAUUUUAAACAAGGUGUUUUUACAGAGAUACAAGUUUUAUUGAUUGCUCAGGUGGUCUUUCUGGAAGAAUUCUGCUCGUAAAGGCUAACUCGACAAGAGUGCCGGGAGGAACAAGUUUACUCACCAGAGUUGGAAAUGUGCAGUUCAUCUCCUUAAAGUAACUUUUGAAUGGUUGAAUGCAAAUAGUAAACAUGCCACAGGGCAGCGUGGCAUAGUGCCAGAAAGCUACGGUUGCAGGAUACUGAGGUUUAAUUUUUAGAAGUCAGUGUCACCUGUAGCAGAGAAGUUCCUUGAAAUCAAAUCAGACAUAUGGCAAUUGUGAAAAGAUUGAACGGAAUAGAAGAUGAACUCAACUGAAUUCACCGAAGAUGUAGAAGAAGUUCUAAAAAGUAUCACUGUGAAAGUGGAGACAGAGGCCGAAGAUGCUGCUCUGGACUGCUCCGUGAAUUCCAGGACUUCUGAGAAGCACUCUGUGGACAGCGUCCUCACUGCGCUGCAGGACUCCAGCAAACGAAAGCAGCUGGUCAGCGAUGGCCUGCUAGACUCUGUCCCCGGCGUGAAGAGGAGGCGGCUGAUCCCCGAGGCUCUCCUAGCAGGCAUGCGGAACCGUGAGAACAGCUCGCCCUGCCAAGGCAAUGGCGAGCAGGCCAGCAGGGGCAGGAGCUUGGGCUCUGUGUGGCCAGGAGAGGAGGAGCCCUGCAACGAUGCCACCACCCCUUCCUACAAGAAGCCUCUGUAUGGCAUCUCGCACAAGAUCAUGGAGAAGAAGAAUCCUCCCUCGGGGGACCUGCUAAACAUGUACGAGCUCUUCGAGAAGGCAAACGCCAGCAACAGCCCCUCGUCGCUGCGGCUCCUGAAUGAGCCACAGAAGCGGGACUGUGGCAGCACCGGGGCAGGCACUGACAACGACCCCAACAUCUACUUCCUGAUCCAGAAGAUGUUCUACAUGCUCAACACCCUCACGUCCAACAUGUCCCAGCUGCACAGCAAGGUGGACCUGCUCUCGCUUGAGGUGAGCCGCAUCAAGAAGCAGGUGAGCCCCACCGAGAUGGUGGCCAAAUUCCAGCCGCCCCCUGAGUACCAGCUCACAGCUGCGGAGCUCAAGCAGAUCGUGGACCAGAGCCUGUCAGGGGGGGACCUGGCCUGCCGCUUGCUGGUGCAGCUCUUCCCCGAGCUCUUCAGCGACGUGGACUUCUCCCGAGGCUGCAGUGCCUGUGGCUUUGCGGCCAAGCGCAAGCUGGAGUCGCUGCACCUGCAGCUCAUCCGCAACUAUGUGGAGGUCUACUACCCCUCGGUGAAGGACACGGCUGUGUGGCAGGCCGAGUGCCUGCCCCAGCUCAACGACUUCUUCAGCCGCUUCUGGGCCCAGCGGGAAAUGGAGGACAGCCAGCCCAGUGGCCAGGUCGCCAGCUUCUUUGAGGCAGAGCAGGUGGACCCUGGCCACUUCCUGGACAACAAAGACCAGGAGGAGGCCCUGUCUCUUGACCGGAGCAGCACCAUCGCCUCAGACCACGUGGUGGACACGCAGGACCUCACUGAGUUCCUGGACGAAGCCUCCUCACCAGGCGAGUUUGCCGUCUUCCUCCUCCACCGGCUCUUCCCCGAGCUCUUCGACCACCGCAAGCUGGGUGAACAGUACAGCUGCUAUGGGGACGGUGGAAAGCAGGAGCUGGACCCGCAGCGGCUGCAGAUCAUCCGCAACUACACCGAGAUCUACUUCCCCGACAUGCAGGAGGAGGAGGCCUGGCUGCAGCAGUGUGCCCAGCGCAUCAACGACGAGCUCGAGGGCCUGGGGCUGGACGCGGGCAGUGAAGGCGACCCCCCGCGUGAUGACUGCUACGACUCCUCCAGUCUGCCCGACGACAUCUCAGUGGUCAAGGUGGAGGACAGCUUCGAGGGCGAGCGGCCGGGCCGCCGCUCCAAGAAGAUCUGGCUGGUGCCCAUCGACUUCGACAAGUUAGAGAUCCCCCAGCCUGACUUCGAGGUGCCCGGCGCCGACUGCCUGCUCAGCAAGGAGCAGCUGCGCAGCAUCUACGAGAGCAGCCUGUCCAUCGGCAACUUCGCCUCGCGCCUGCUGGUGCACCUGUUCCCCGAGCUCUUCACGCACGAGAACCUGCGCAAGCAGUACAACUGCAGCGGCUCCCUGGGCAAGAAGCAGCUGGACCCGUCCCGUAUCAAGCUCAUCCGCCACUACGUGCAGCUGCUCUACCCGCGCGCCAAAAACGACCGCGUCUGGACCCUGGAGUUCGUGGGCAAACUGGAUGAGCGCUGCCGGCGCCGGGACACGGAGCAAAGGCGCUCCUACCAGCAGCAGCGCAAGGUCCACGUGCCGGGCCCUGAGUGCAGAGACUUGACCAGCUAUGCAAUCAACCCGGAGAGGUUCCGGGAGGAGUUUGAGGGGCCCCCGCUGCCCCCCGAGAGGAGCAGCAAGGACUUUUGCAAGAUCCCCUUGGACGAGCUGGUGGUCCCCUCGCCUGACUUCCCGGUGCCUUCUCCCUACCUGCUGUCUGACAAAGAGGUGCGUGAGAUCGUGCAGCAAAGCCUGUCCGUGGGCAACUUUGCCGCCCGGCUCCUCGUCCGCCUGUUUCCGGAACUCUUCACCGCCGAGAACCUCCGGCUGCAGUACAACCAUUCCGGGGCUUGCAACAAGAAGCAGCUGGACCCCACGCGGCUGCGGCUCAUCCGCCACUACGUGGAAGCCGUAUACCCGGUGGAGAAGAUGGAGGAGGUGUGGCACUACGAAUGUAUCCCCAGCAUCGAUGAGAGGUGCCGCCGCCCCAACAGGAAAAAAUGUGACAUCCUCAAGAAAGCGAAGAAAGUGGAGAAGUGAAGGCCCGUGACCUGCCCAGAGAUUCGGGGUCACCAGAGGCUGAGUGAUGGGCACCCUUGGGACUGAGCAAUACUUGGGAGCACGCCUAUGGCAUCCACAGACAGGCACCUUAUGUCCGUGGGGAGUGGCUUACUACAUUUGCACACGUAAACACCCACCCAACCGCAAGAAAGAAGCCUUGAGUUUGGUCUCUUGUACUUACAACUUCUGUCCUAUGUGCCCCGGCGGGGCAGCCUGAGU